CAGACGCCUCACCUUGUUCAGUCUUCGACAGUCUGGACAGUUCGUCGCGUUGUAGGAGGCAGAAAGGAUAGUGUUUUGCGUUCCCUUUUUAAAGACCACCACCGUCCAUCAGCAUGCCCGCCCCAACGCUGUACUACUUUCCGAUGAGCCCACCGGCCCGUGCGGUGUUGCUGCUGAUGAAGGAGCUUGAACUGCCGAUGAAUCUAAAAGAAGUGAACCCACUCGCCGGUGAAACGCGCACCGAGGAAUUCAUGCGCAUGAACCCGGAGCACACGAUCCCAACGCUGGACGACAAUGGCUUCUACCUGGGCGAAUCACGUGCCAUUUUGUCGUACCUAAUCGAUGCCUACCGUCCCGGGCACACGCUCUACCCGAACAUUCCGAAGGAAAAGGCCCUCAUUAAUCGGGUGCUGCAUCACGAUUUGGGCUCUUUCUAUCCCAAGUUCUUUGGCACCAUCGGUGCACUGUUUUCUGGUGCAGCGACGGAAAUUUCAGACGAAAUGAAAACCACCACCCAGAAGGCGCUCACUGACUUGGAGCACUAUCUAACACGGAACGAUUACUUUGCCGGGGAAAAUCUCACUAUAGCAGACCUUUCCCUGGUGCCGACGAUUUCUUCCGCCGUCCACUGCGGUUUGGAUUUGACCAACUAUCCACGACUAAACGCGUGGUAUGAGAGCUGCCGGGUGCUUAAAGGAUUCGAGGAUGAUCAGGAAGCUGCCCGUCAGGUUGGUGAAUAUUUGCGCUCCAAGUUUCCCACCGGUCUGGAGGCGUUGAAUUGACGUCAGAUUCCGUUGAAAAGCCGUUACCAAUACCGAAAGAAUAUGCAAGAUAAUGGUGGUAAAAAUUGGCUUUGCUGUGUGCUAGACUGUGCGGUGAUGAAAGCGAGAUAAGAAGCCGAAGUUGUUAAAGAUUUACUGUGUUGCAUUGAUGUGGUGAGUUGGUUUGUAUGAAUAAAUGCGCGUUUGUUGUAUUUGUGAGA